AUGAUUGGUUUUUCGCAAACAGAAAGCUAUUUGUCAAAAGCUCUCAAAUUUACCCGGUUCAAUUUCGAACGUGUGGAUCCUCCGGUUCCGGUUCUUGAUCCGCUGUUGUCCUGGGCCAAUGAAGCGCAUUGGUCCAUUGACGAUCUCAGUUUCAAGCGUCUCCGUCUCCUAGGGCAGAUCGAAGGCAACGUUAAGAGACUGAAAGCCCAGCGCGAGAAGCUCCUUAACGACAAGGAUGAUGAUCCGUCUCCCCAUCAUGCUCCAAAGGCCGUCAAGAGGAGGAGAUUCUUUGACCUUAAUGAAGAUGGCGAGGAGGAGGAUGUGGAUGGAGAAAAUUAUGGCGAUGAAAUGGUGGUGAAGAGAGAAGCUAAGAGGGUGUUGAGGAAAGGGGCUGUGAGGAAACUGGGAGAUGAUUUUGAGAGAAUGGCCAAUGAUAAGGAUAGUGGCAGGACGAGUAAAGAGGAGGAGUUUCAGAGAUGGUAUCGGCAUUGA